AUGGUGAAGAUAUUUUUGUUUCUCCUCUGGCACUUCUGCGAAGCAAUUUUAUUCACAGCAGGAUCUUGUGCUGGGUUUCAUCGUGAUUUGAAAAAUCCAUCUAUAUGAUAUUCGAUAAAACGUUUAAAUCCUGAUGCAUUCAUAUGACUUGGAGAUGCAAUAUAUUCAGAUAGAGGAGAUAAUUUAUUCCAAACAAUUAUCCCUAAUGAAGAAAAACAUUGGAAACUAAAGUAUGAUGUUCAAAAAAAUGAUGAAGGCUAUAAAGAACUUAAUCUUCUGCAAAAAAUAAUUUAUUUUCUGAAUUUUUGGGCUUAAUAUUUUUAUGCUAUAUUAAUACGUUAUAUUUAUGCUGAUUUUUAUCUAAGCAAUGAGAGCUUUUUAAUUAUUAAAAUAUAAGAAAAGCAUAUCCUAAUAAAAUAAUUUAAAAUGAAAAAUUUUAAUUUAUUACAAUUCAAGAAAGUUAGAGAAUCUACAAGAAUUUUAGGGGUUUGGGACGACCAUGAUUAUGGACCUAAUAAUUCAGAUAAAAACUUCCCUUAUAAAGAAUUGUCAAAAAAGCUAUUUUUAGAUUUUAUUGAUGAACCAAAGAGCAGUAAAAGAUAUCAGCGAGAAGGUUUAUACGAUUCUUAUUAUUUUACCGAAAAUGACUUGAAAAUUAAAAUAAUUUUAUUGGAUGACAGAACCUUUAUGGAUCCCUCUAGCAAUGAACAUGCCGAUGUCUUACUCCCCUUGGUCAUUUAGCAAAAUUUUUUAAAUCACUAACCAAGGAGUCUAUUUUUUUAUAAAAUUUGACAUUAAAAUUUAUAUGAAAACAAUUUUAACUGAUAAAUCUAAUUUGAUUUAUAAAUUUACGUUUAGAGCGCAGGCUGUUUAAAAUUUAAUAUAUUUUGUUUUAGAUUUCAUUAAUUAUAUAAUGUGUACCUAAAAAUGUUUUUAUCGCUGGUCAAAGGGUAAUUUUUCCCAAAAAAGCGAUUUUCUAGUGGCUUUGCUCGCUAAAUAAAUGGCUAGUUAGGAGAAAUUCAAUGAAAGUGGCUUGAAAAUGAAUUAAGCGACACUGUUGAUCUCUAUUUAAUAAUGAAUGGGCUACAAAUUAAUGUAGAAGGAAGGCUAACGAAUAUAGUCGAAUUAGACUGUUAA